AUGUCUACUCCGCCUGUUAUCUUGUACCGUUACGAUGCUUCCCCCUUCUCCCACAAAAUCGACAACGCCCUCACCGUGAAAGGAAUCCCUCACGAGAAAGUCAAUGUAUCGCCUAUGCUUCCCCGACCAGAGAUUACCGAUGCAUUGGGCAUAACCUACCGCCGCAUACCCAUUCUCGCCAUCGGAAAUGACGUGUAUUGCGAUACCAGCCUCAUCACUUCGGUUCUCGAACGGCGCUUCCCUACCUCAAAAGGCUACCACUCGCUAUUCCCUGCGAGGAAGAAUGGGGGAAGUACAGACACCGGUUUAGUGAAGGCCAUCUCAAAGUUCUACGCAGACAGCGUGCUUUUUGCACCUGCAUCGAGCCUACUUCCGUGGGAUAAAAUUCCUGAACCUUUCCUGAAGGAUAGAAGUGCAUUGCGUGGCUCUCCUCUCAACCCAAAAGCCAUAGCUGCUGCCCGUCCACUCUCCGAAACCUUUCUUUCGAGUAAUAUGCUCCUCAUCGAGGAACAACUGAGCGACUCCCGCGACUGGCUAUUCGAUACAGAGUCGCCAAGCUUGGCCGAUAUUUCCAUCCACUUCGUGUUCGCUUGGGCAAGGUCGUUCAAGGGAACAGAGGUCCUCUUCGAUUCGAACAAAAAUUCUCAUACCGUAAAGUGGCUCGACCGCGUGAACGAUUUCCUCAAGAAACAGCGAGCUUCCCAGAAGGCCCCCACCAAGCUCCACGGAGCUGACGCAGCGAGCAAGAUCGUCGCAGGCAGUCACGAAUCCUACGAAAUCGUUGGUUUCGACGCGUUGGAGGCCUCUCGCCUCGGCGUCAAGCUCGGAGAUACCGUCCAAGUUGCUCCAGAAGACACUGGUCGAAACUAUCCCACCGUCGGGAAACUGGUGGCCCUCAACCGGGAAGAGUUGGUUUUGGAAGUUCAAGGCAACAAGGGACUCAUUCGGUGCCACUUCCCUCGUCUGGGUUUCUUCGUUAAGCAAGCUUCUGCGUCAGCUAAGCUGUGA